UGCUGCACCACCAACGUCGGAGAAGCAAAGACACAUACGGGACCUUGAAUCAUACACAAUGCUGCCGCGGCACACGUUUGCAUCGCGCUGGCUAUCCCAGUUCUCCGACCUGGUCCAACAUGCGCCGACCUCGCCUCUGUCCAAGGUCAAAAUUUCCAGACCCGUUUACGCCUCGCCGUCGCCAACUUUCCGCCGAGGGCUCUCUCUCCCGGCGAACGCUACACUUCACCUCCAAGGACGAAGCUUCCGCAGUCAAAUCCAGUUCGGAAAGUCCGCUGCGCAGAAUCUCACUCGCCGUCCACAGUCGGCGACAUUCCGCCGAUUCUUCAAUUCAUCCCGGACGAAACGCUCCUCGUCACAAUCCGAAGAAUCGGCGUCGCUCUCGCAGCGACUGAAGACACUUUCGCGUGAAUAUGGUUGGUCUGCCCUUUGGGUAUAUCUGCUUUUGUCGGCGAUGGAUUUCCCUUUCUGCUUCGCGGCCGUCCGCCUGCUGGGCGUGGAGCGCAUCGGUCACUAUGAGCAUGUGAUUUUUGAAUCCGUCAAGGGUGCAAUCGACACCGUCUGGUCUCGUACACCCGAGACUCCUACGGUUGAAUCGCAGGUGGAUGGCCCGGGCAGCAAGGAACCCUCGGCCGAAGAAGCCCCGAGCAAGCCGGAUGGCGAAGCCAGCCUAUGGACACAACUCGCCCUCGCCUACGCCAUUCAUAAGAGUUUUAUUUUCAUCCGGGUGCCUUUGACAGCGGCCAUCACCCCCAAAGUUGUCAAAGUCUUGAGGCAGUGGGGCUGGGACAUUGUCAAAGGGAAGCCAAGGGGCAUGUAAACCCCUACACUCCUACUGAGUGUGAAACGGACCUCAUAAACCUGGGCGUCUCUCUAUUUGCGGGCGGCUUUUCCCGCUUUUCUAUCGUGUCUUUUCUCCCCCGUCCUGCCCUUUACCUCGUGGCAUAGCGAUGUUUAAACUAUAUAGAUGGUACUUGUAACUUGAUUGUAUAUUAGUGUUAGAUCUAAUCCACAGGGCGCAUAGCCAUGCGCCCAUCUCCACUCCCCAUC